AUGGCCAAGAUACCUCUACUGAUUCUAGUCUUUUGUUGGGCAUGUUUCCACUUCUCAAAUGCUAAUAGUUGUUUCAGUCAGGAUGGACCUGAUGCGUAAGUCUUUAAUUUUUCUUUUUUUUUAUUUUUAGGUAUUAUUUUUGGUUUAUUUGGCGAUUUUUGGGCACUAUUUGGUCUAUAGUAAUAUAAUUUUAAAAUAUUUUAAAAAUUUUAAAGGUUUUUUUUAUUAUCAACUAUUAAUGUUGACAUUAACGAUCAAUAUUCAAAUGAUCUACCAAUGUUACUAUUGCAGUAUUGCCGAUUGCGCCUCGGACGACGCCACCGAGCACUUUGUUCUCCAGUUUGCGCAGACACCGGAGAGUAUUAAGUACGAGGUGACAGUGUCGGCCGGAUGUCAUGAAGACAAGAGCAUCGAGGACAAGGUCAUCAUGAACUUUACCUACUUUGACACGGCGUGGGCGAUCGGCGUGUUCGCUACGGAUGAGGAGCUGAUCGAGGCUAGAGUGCUUCGUUACACUCGGGAUCCGGAUACGGACGAAGAGUUGGCGGACGGAAUGACUGUACCAAUCUCCUUGGCGGAGGACUACACUUUUUCCAUUACUCAGACGUAUAAUGUGUUGUAAGUUUUUGUGGAUUUACUUGGUUUUGAUCGCUGCUUUGAUGAUAUAUAUACAUUUGUACUGUUAUUACUUACCAAAAUGAUUCAGAGACGUCCAAUACAACGGAACCUCUUCAACCGUCGCUCCUUUCACUUCGGUUACCAGGAAUCAUACCACCGACGAUCCGGGAACCGCGGAAACCACCAUGCCCAGCACUUACACCACCACCCCACAAUCGACUGAAAAAACCACAACAAAGGCGGAUGAGCCAAGGUAUGUAUCGUUGAGUUACGGCUAUCCUAUCACUAUCACUCGCAACCGCACCUACUUCAAGAGUAUUAUCGACUAUCACCGGAACGACUCGAACUGUGACAUUGUGGUCAGGGUGAUGGAUGGGUGGUUGGAAACGCAGAAUCAGUACUGGAUCGACUGGGAGUUGUGGGCCACGUUGUCUGUUUGGAUGAUGCUUUUCAUGUGGGUUUUAUAUAAGGAUUGGAAUUGAAAAGGGGCUUACAUUAGAUUUGAAAGGGGGCUCACGUUAGACUUGAAAGGAAUUGCUUUAAGCUUGAAAAGGGGCUCCCAUUAGACCUGAAAAGGGAUCACAUUAGACUUGAAAGGCGGCUCACUAUGCUUAUCUAAGGCGGGGUUGAUACAAAUUUGAAGGAGGCUGGGGCCGCAUUGGCCAUACUUGAGGGCCGGACUCUAAUGAAUGCCCCAUGAGCCCAUCUUAGGUCCCGCAACGAAAGAUUUGACUAUUAAAAACUGAAACGAGCGAUUUUAAAACAACUUAAGAAUAAUUUUUGAAUUGUGUUAUUCUGCUCACCUUUUCAGUGGCUGCUUCAUCGGCUCGAUUAUCGCCUUCCUGCUCGGCCGAUCGUGCGCACGCCGCCGCGGCCGUUGGAACGAUGGCCGAGGAAAGUUGAAGGUGAAAGAGGAGAAGGCAGGCAAAUCAAAAACAGAAAAGGAAAAGUCGAAAAAGGAAAAGUCGCAAAAGGACAAGUCAAAGAAGUCGAUGAAGGGCAAGUCCAAGAAAGAAGACUCGUUUGAAGAAGUGGAAGAAGGUGCCAACAAGACUCAAGAAGAACAAAAGGUGUAG